AGUACGUGGAGAAACUUGUUUCAUGCGGUCCUGGAGCCUCUGUGACCUCAUAUGUCUUCCUGCCAAAUCUUUCGCUUUAUUUUACUUUAUUUUAUUUGUUUCUCUCGUGGGAAAAUCUGAUAAAGAGACAAGACUAUGGAUAAACCGAGCCUAAAUCAACGGUCAUCAUGGGAUUUGCUCCAUUUUACAUGGGGUAUGCAAUACGGUUGGGUGGGAGGCAUAUUUAUUGGCAAAUGGGGACUUUAUCUUCAACUGUCAUCCCUUCUGCACACCACCUGUUCGAUCAAAGUCCUCAGAGAGCUUUUGGGUCUGAAAUUUCACCCUGAAAAGCCAGAAACGGUUUCUGGGUUUUCAGAAUUGACUUGAAAGGUUCUGAAUUGUACAAAAUUCCCAUUUGUGGAAGCUUCUGCUUACUUCACUACUUCAAAGUGGGUGCUUCACUCUGUUUUUCUUUUUUUCCGUAUAAUUGAAUCAUGCAGGCUGUUCUGUUCACAAACUAAAAAGAGACAUUGAGAAUGGAGGACAAGCGAGGUAUGAGCAGCAACAAGCCUACCGAUAAAUGGAUGGCAUUUGACAGAGAAUCAAACACAACAAACACUCCUGGAAAUGAAUCAGAAGACAGAAAAAGCUGGCAAUCUUCUUCCAAACGGGCAACAUCAACAGAAGCAAACAUAGCAGAAAGGGCGGCGGAGUGGGGACUGGUGGUGGAGACAAACGUGGAAGAAGGCAGUUUCAAGGCCAUCGUGGGGAGAGCAUCAGGGGAAGGAGGGGGCAGCAAAAGAUCAUCAGAGAAAAUCAGUGACACAGGAAGAACAUCAAGCUUUGGCAAUGAAACCUCUGGAGUUUUCCCAAGGGUAUCACAAGAGUUGAAGGAUGCUUUGGCUUCUUUGGAACAGACAUUUGUAGUCUCUGAUGCCACCAAACCAGACUGCCCCAUCGUGUAUGCGAGCAGUGGCUUCUUUGGCAUGACUGGUUAUGCUUCAGAGGAGGUCAUUGGAAGGAACUGCCGUUUUCUUCAGGGACCAGAGACGGACCAGAAAGAAGUUGACAAAAUUCGAUAUGCAGUGAAAAACGGCAAAAGCUACUGCGGGAGGCUUUUGAACUACAAGAAGAAUGGCACUCCUUUCUGGAAUCUUCUGACAGUCACGCCUAUCAAGGAUGACAAUGGCAAUACUAUCAAAUUUAUUGGAAUGCAGGUAGAAGUAAGCAAGUACACAGAAGGCAUAAAUGAUAAAGCAUUACGACCGAACGGGUUGCCGAAGUCUUUAAUCCGCUAUGAUGCUCGCCAGAAGGAAAAGGCAAUGGAUUCCAUCACAGAGGUUGUUCAGACCGUGAAGAAUCCUCGAUCUAAUCGAGCUAUGAGUCAUGACACUACCAGAAAAAAAGAAGAUUUGGAAAAGUUCAAUCUUGAUUAUGUUCUUCCAAAGUCGGUUGAAGCUGCAAGUGCUACACCGGGUAGACAAACUCCUCAACAGGACCUCAGAGAUGAUGGGUUAGGCAAGAAACCUAGGUUAUCAAGUCGAGUUUCUUUAGUGGGUUUCAAAGGGAAAUCUCUAAGCAGUUCAAGGAAGCUUGAAGUAACAGCCUUUGAACCAGAAAUUUUGAUGACCGACGAAAUAGAACGGACUGAUAGUUGGGACCGUGCUGAAAGAGAAAAGGAUAUUCGCCAAGGAAUUGAUUUAGCUACCACAUUGGAGCGAAUUGAGAAAAAUUUUGUCAUUACUGAUCCAAGGCUUCCUGAUAAUCCAAUUAUAUUUGCAUCUGACAGCUUUCUUGAAUUGACGGAAUAUACACGUGAGGAAAUUUUGGGACGAAACUGUCGGUUUCUUCAAGGACCUGAAACGGAUCAAGAAACUGUCUCAAAGAUAAGGGAUGCAAUUAGGGAACAAAGAGAAAUAACUGUUCAGUUGAUCAACUAUACCAAGACUGGUAAAAAGUUCUGGAAUUUAUUCCACUUGCAACCAAUGCGUGAUGAAACGGGAGAGCUUCAGUAUUUUAUUGGUGUACAACUAGAUGGAAGUGGUCAUGUGGAACCUUUGCAAAACCGCCUUUCUGAGACGGCAGAGAUGCAAAGUGCCAAGCUGGUUAAAGCCACUGCAGAGAAUGUUGAUGAGGCUGUCCGUGAACUUCCUGAUGCCAACUUGAGACCAGAAGAUUUGUGGGCAAUUCACUCUCAACCAGUCUUCCCAAGGCCUCACAAGAAGCAUAGUUCUUCUUGGACUGCUAUACAGAAGAUUAUCCGACGUGGUGAAAAAAUUGGACUCCAACAUUUUAAGCCUAUUAAACCACUGGGUUGUGGAGACACUGGCAGUGUUCAUCUGGUGGAACUUCUAGGUACAAGCGAACUUUAUGCCUUGAAAGCAAUGGAGAAAUCAGCACUUUUGAAUCGAAACAAGGUCCACAGAGCAUGCAUUGAAAGGCAAAUCAUUGCGCUUUUGGAUCAUCCUUUUCUUCCAACACUAUACACUUCAUUUGAGACCCCUACACACGUUUGUUUGAUAACAGACUUCUGCCCUGGUGGGGAGUUAUUCGCAUUGCUUGAUAAGCAACCCAUGAAAAUGUUUAAAGAGGAUUCUGCAAGGUUCUAUGCUGCAGAGGUCGUCAUUGGCUUGGAAUAUCUUCAUUGUCUAGGAAUCAUUUACCGGGAUCUGAAGCCUGAAAAUAUUCUUCUCCAGAAGGAUGGGCAUAUUACACUUGCCGACUUCGAUUUAUCACUUGUGACAUCCUGCAAACCGCAGAUUGUGAAGUAUCCAUUGCCUCAAGGUAGAAGGAGAUCUCGAAGUCAACCACCACCAGUAUUUGUUGCAGAGCCGAUCACGCAAUCAAAUUCUUUUGUUGGAACUGAAGAGUAUAUAGCUCCUGAAAUUAUAACAGGGGAAGGCCACAGCAGCUCUAUCGAUUGGUGGGCUCUUGGUAUAUUGUUGUAUGAGAUGCUUUAUGGUCGCACACCUUUCAGGGGAAAGAACAGGCAGAAGACUUUUGGUAACAUCUUGCACAAAGAUCUCACCUUCCCAAGUAGCAUUCAGGUAAGUCUUGCAGCAAGGCAGUUGAUCAAUGCAUUGCUACAAAGAGACCCCGCCAGACGUUUAGGAUCAAGUACAGGUGCAAAUGAAAUCAAACAGCACCCCUUUUUCCAAUCAAUUAACUGGCCACUAAUCCGGUGUAUGGUCCCGCCACCAUUGGAAUCACCUCUUCACCUUACUGGAAAAGAUGGAACAACCAAAAACGUAAACUGGGAAGAUGAUGGUGUGCUUAGCUCAAUGGAUUUGGAUUUUUUCUGAAGGUUCUCACCGGAGUAAACUCAAACAUGUAUUAAUGUGGUUAGAUUUCACCUGUUAAAAGUUGGUAACUGUCUUUAUGCAGGGCUGGUUAUGCCUGUGUAAUGAAAGUUUGUCGCCGUUGCUCAUAGUCGGUAAGUCCCGGUUCGAUACUGGCAUACUUGACCACGCCAAUAAUUGCUGUUUGUUAAUGUGAGGCUGCCUUCAUUGUGAUUAAAGUUUCGGUAUCACCUGGAUGCGAUGACAGGUGAUUUGUAUUUCAUGUGAACAUAAUCCUUUUACAUUUAAAUGUUUGUAUGUAGUCUUUGUAUGUAACUACUUUCUUUAAUGAGGAACGGAUAAUAAAAUUUUCAGCAAUAAAUGAACAGUAUUUCGUCUGUUUUAUU